AAUCAGAGUCUACAAUUUGAAAGUACCUCACUAUACUAAUUUUAAUGUCUCGUAAGAUCAUUGAAGUCUAUCUUUUCAGAAAUUAUUAAUUAUCGUAGAGAUCAUUGAUUGGAAGUUUUAUGUAGCAUUAUUAUUAAUAGUCACUGGCAGAUUAAUAAUUCCGAUUUGUAUUCUAAAUUUACCGAUUCAAUUACGCAGAAAGAGUGAUGACACACACGCAACAAAAGUAUAUCGCUUUAUCUCUUAUAGAUAAGCCAUUCUCAGUUAUCUAUUUCUUAUCAAAGGUGUGUUUCAGUACAGUCUCGUGGGUGCUGUAGUUAGCUGCGACAGCGAGUUCCAAUUUCGGUUUUCGUCAUAUAUUGAUAUUCCUUUUGAAAAAGAUGUGUUGUUCGAAGAAGCUCGUGUGCUACUUAACUAUCGGUUUACUUCUGAUGGGGAUAUUCCUGGAAGAAGUCGAGGCGAGGCGCAAAAUUCUGAGAGGCCGGAAAACGAUAACCAGACGUUAUUACAGAGGUACGGCCAUUCCAGCCUGGGCUAUAGUGGUUCUGACAGGCGUCGGCAUGCUAUUGCUCGGUGGCGGUCUUUAUGCCGCGCUGCAAAAGUUCGUGGUUGACGCUGCCGAUACCGGAGAGAGUCAUUCCUAUCAACCAGCACUACAGAUUGAAAGUUGAAUUCCCGGUUUCCCCAAGUACAUCGCAAAAAACAUUCGUCACUUAUCACUACACUGAAGAAUCUACAUCGUAAAUUAUGUAACGCAGAAUUUCAUAAAGAGAACAUGUUUUUGUAAAAACA